AUGCGUCUCCUCAUCCCAGUGGUGUUGUCUGGCGUCAUCGUCUCUGCGACUGAACUCAAACCGGUUCAAGCCCGUUCGCUCGGUGGUCAGAAGGCGGAUGUCACUACCGAUGGCUACAUCCGAGACGACAAUAAAACGGACAGGAGCGACGAAGAAAGAGGUUGCGCCGAGUUCUUACUGAUGGUCAUCAAGACCUUGUUCAGUGAAUCAGCUCCGACGCUUUCUGCCCAAGUGAAAAGUGCCGAGCAACUUCAACAAGAAAGUAUAGCCUACGCUCAUUAUGAAGUGCUAAAGGCGAUUAACGAGCUGCAGCACGACCCGCAAACGAAAGACAAAAGGCUGGAUGAGGUAUACAACAGCUUGGUUAAUGCAUGGUGGUACAGUGAAUCGACCUUGAGCAGUUUCGCCAGUAGCCCCGAAUAUGCGGCUCUGGUGAGUAUAUUGAAAAGCAUCAACGGUCAUCCCGCUAGUGAUGUUCCCACUGGUGUGGUGGAUAAGCUAGUGAGCAACUUUUCGGCCAGAGAGUUAGAAGAAAUUGCCAAAGGAGCCUUGGCAAGGAGCGAAUCCACCUCGAAGCUACUUGGUCUGGCCAUCAAGGCGAAAUUGAGCGAGAUUCGAGCGCAAGUAGAGGCUCAAAAACACAGCGACGCCAAGUUGAGGGGAAAUCUAGAGCAACAGGGGGAGGCGAAAGUGGCGGACCUUGAUGAGUGGCUUCUUAAAUCCAUAGAUCUGGUGGACACGUCGAAGAUUCCCAAAGAAACAUCGGACACGGUCGUGAAGUCACUACAUUAA